ACAGUAACUUCAAAUGCUCUAAACGUCGUGCUUUUCCGCGUCUUCUGCGCUAGUUUUUUACGUAAAUGUCGAUCGUUUUGAAAUCCAUCAUCACUUUGCAUUUCGCUACGUAGAAUUUUUAUAAUGUUAAAACGUGCCAAAUUCAAGUAAAAAAAAAUCCCCAAAUUUUGUUCUCAUCGACGAACCUUUUUUAAACAUGUUGAACCCGAAUUUAACCACCAAGCAACCUAAAUGGUUCGAGUCAGCGGCCAAUGUGGUACAAGGCAAUUCGAACGAAUCUCUUGAAUUGAAUAGUCCGAGCAUUAGGGAAGCUUUGGAGGAUGAUUAUUGCCUUAUAAUAUUCAUUUUCGGGUUGCUUAUUUUCAUAGGCACGCCUUUGAAUUUACUAGAGAUUUAUUUCAUUAUCAAAAAUAAGUUUCAUAAAGACGCUACGAGCGUGUAUUUUUUGAAUUUGGCCGUUACCGAUAUUGUGAAAUGUUUGAUUGUGAUUCCAUACUCGUUGAUGUCGUUACUAUACGAGAAUUGGUUCUUGGGCGAAUUCUUAUGCUAUUUUUUACCCAUGCUGCAGGAUGUUCCAGCGCAUGUAACCAUACUGACGUUUUUGAUGAUUGCCUUCGAUAGGUACCUAUUCGUACGAAACCCAGCAAAAGCUCGAUUACCAGGGUUCAUCUUCAGCACCGGAGCUUGGCUGACGGCUAUUUGUAUCGCUCUACCGUAUCCCAUUUACACAACGUACGUUAGUUUAGAGGAGCAUGUCAACGUUUCGCAUGCUGUUGGAGCUGGCAUUUGUGUAUUCGGUAUCGAUAAAGCCAUGAAGGAGUAUUCUAGAGGCAUUUUUGUUGGAAUGUUCGCUAUUCCUUUGGCUGUAAUUGUGUUUAUCUUUUACCAAAUAUAUCAAAAGCUGGAGGAACAAGAUCAGCCUAUCGUCGUCGAAGGAAAUGAAAUAAGGCUAAGGGCGACGUUCAGGAGAUAUUACAGUAUUCAUAAAUUCAAUAGAGGUAUUUUAUCGAAUCAAAAUUUGAUCAAUAGACCAUGCAGUGGCCAGAUGCGAACGGAAGAUAGCAGUAUUGCUGAUCAAUUCGAAAUAGAUCCUAAAGAAGAGGAGAAACGAGUGCAAAUGUUUUUAUGGUCGAUGGUGGGCUCAUUUACCGCUUGUUUUGGUCCAUUGAAUAUAUUCAGCAAGACGAUAUAUCCGAACUUGUACGAGACGUACGACAUGGCCUCGCAACUGGAUAAACUGUUCGUAAUCUUUUGCUGGAUCGCGUUCCUUUCAACCAUUAUUACUCCAUUGUUGGUUUUCUCCAUGAUUAUGAACGACGAAGAUAAAAAUAUUUUGAAGAGUUAUUUAAACCUGUGCAAAAGACGAAGCAGCGUGUACGACAGGAGUUUCGAAUUGGAGGAGAAUUUCGCGAACGUUGCUUACAUUUCGCAUCCGAGCGCGACUACUUUAUCUACCGAAGUCGGUGCACAGUCUGAUCGAGAUCGACCAUAUUUGAAAACUCGAAAUUGAAAUAGAAAGUAUUCUCGUCUUGGUCUCGGUUUUUUCACGUGGAUAUCGCCGUCAUCAUCGAGGUUUGUAAUUUUUUUACGCGCCAAAGUGUCAAUUUUUAAUGAGCCGUGGCAAGGUUACAAUAAUUAUACGCUCGGUGUAUUCGAAACCCCUUUCGAAAGAGUACGGAUUAUCGAUUCGACUGCGCUAAUUAGAGAGCCAUAGGAAUUACAAAUUAGAAAUGUUUUUUUUUUUUAUCGAAAUUAUCCUAAAGGUGUUGGUGUACGUAACAAAAGGUCUCUUUCGAAAAACAAAAAACAAAAAAAAAAUAUCUCUAAAAUAUCGUCAUUAUAAAUUACUAACUGAAUAAAGGUUCCCUGAGAGAGCUGAUUAUUAAUUUCGACGCUAUUCAAUCUCUCAUCGCGAGAAUAGUCGAAAUGGAUGGAUGGUCUUAUUUUGUCGAAAUUCAGUUUCUGAGAUAUCUCGAGCACAAAAUACUACUCGUACUACCUAAAUGCCAAUACCCACUUUUGUAUUUUUAUUAUUCGAUGUUAUUACCUACUUACUACAGCUUUUACCUUUUGAUGUAAUUUUUUUUUGUGUUUAUACACUUUUUUUUAGUACCAUUCUGAAUGGGAAUUUGUAUAAUAUUGAAAUUAUGGUCUUUUUAAGUGUGCUUGCUAAUGUUUGUAUAACGAGCAUUUUAUCAUACGUAUUUGAUAUUUGUACUAAUAAUUGUACUUAUUCGUUACGAAGAGUUCUGGUUUUUUGGUGUGAUCGAUGGAAUUAUCAAAAGUGUUUGUAAUUGUGAUAAAAUAUCCAGUUGCGCAGCGACGUGUUCGAGAAGUACGGACAAAUGUUGCCCCUCUCUCUUUGAACCUUUACGUAUUGCUAAAUUUGUGCUUUUUUUUUGAGUUAAUUUGAAAAAUGAACAAUAUAAUAAUUUUGCAUACCCUUUUCUCCCCCCCUCUCUGAAUGGAAGCGGUUGAAUGUUCAACAACCAGCAUCUGCGACCUUUGUAAUGUGUUGGAUUUCAUUUUUCGAUUUAUUUCUAGAGAAUUUUUGGAAAUUUGAAGUUGAAAUUUGGUUCAUUAGUCAUUUUUGAUCUUCGAAAUUCGAUAGAGUUGAAGUGUAUUUUUUGAAAUAAAUCUUUAUGGGGUCAAAUCCGUAAAUACUAACGACAUUAAAAUUAAAAACUUGAAUUGUUUUGUAGUAAAUGUGCUAGAUUGGAAUUUUUGAAGUCUUUCUUUAGAAAUUAGAAAAUUCACAGAUGUACUAAUUUUACCUAUAUUUUAGAUAAUUUGAUGAAAUUUGGAUUCAUUUAUAUUAAAUGAGUGGAAUCUGAAUUUUUGACUCAUUUGUAUUAAAUUUUUGAAAGUACAGAAAAUCCAAAAGCUACUAAUCGAUUGUGAAGGUUCAAUUUUCUGUCUCAGUUUAUGUAUUGAAUUUAAAUACCUGAGAAUUUAAAUUCAGCAGAGACAACUGAGAAAUGAGUCAAAGAAGUUUGAAGCCUUUUUUUAUGAUUUUUUGGGAACAUGAAAAUUGACAAAUUUUUUGUGAGUCUUCAAAACGGUUCGAAACGAAGGAAAAUAAUUUUUUAAAGUCAACGUUUCAGUUUCUAAUGUGAUGUGAUCUAAUUUCAAAUUACUUUAUGGAACUUGGAUUAAUUUUGAGCAUUUUUGAUAGGAUUUUAUGAAAACUGAAUAAUUUAAAAAUCGAAGUGAUUUUUGGGGGCAAAAUUUUGGUUUUUUUAGCUCACUUUGAUUGAUUUUUUAACGUUUCGUACAAAAUGAAUCUAAACGUUUAGGUCCUUUCUACGAGAUUUUUUUUUUGGAAAACCGGUGUGGGAAACGAACCAAAUUUUGAAUUUCUUGGUCAUUUUUAUGGGAUUCUUUGGAAACCAGAAAAUCCCAAAAUCUGAUCAACGUUUCAAAAUUAUUCGAAAGUGUGAAUAAUCGAUUUUGGAGUUCGAAAUUUCAGUUUUAUUCCUAAAUUUAAUGAAAUUUUGAGUUUGUAUAAAAAAUGAAGUCGAAUUUGAAUUUUUCAACUUUUUUAAAUUUUUUUAAAUGAAAUGAAACAAAUUUUGAAGAUUUUUUAUUGAAAAUUUGUGAACUCAAAAAUCUGCUGCAGGCCCCAGAAUGUCUCAAAAUUGCGACCAAUCAAUUUUGGAGGUAAAUAUUUCAAUUUUUUUAUCUCGGAUCCGUUCAAAUUUCUCUCUCGUGGGCAUCGGUCAAAUGUUGAUAUUUUUAGUAUUUUUUUUAUAAUUGAUUUCGUUGUUCAAAAUUUCAUUACUUUCUUCAUUUUGGCUUAUAAUAUUAAUUUUUUUUUAAAUGAAAAAUGGGUUCAAUUUGAAUUAUUAUUUUAUGUCAUUUUUAUUAAAUUAUCGAAAACUGGAAUUUCCAAAAAUCUGCCUCAAGCUUCGGAAUAGUUCGCAAUUGCGAUUAAUUGAUUUUAGAGGCCUUAUACCGAAAGUGAUUUUUAUCAACUUUUUUUCUGGCAAUUGAAGCAAUUUUGAAUUUCGAAGCUUCUUUUAUCAUAAAAUAUUUUGAAACUUGAGAAUUACAAAAAUUCACUGCAAGCUCCAGAAUGUCUCAUAAUAGAGACCAUCGAAUCGAUCUUAGAAGACAGAAUUUCAGUUUUCCACUACAAUUUGAUCAAAUUUUGACAAUUAUGAUGCCUAAGAAACCUGCUGAGGAACCCAAAAUGCUUCAAAAUUGCGAUCAGUAGAUUUCAGAUGAAAAAAUUUCAGUUUAUUGGUCCUAAUUUGUUUAAAUUUCAUCAUAUUAUUUUUUGCAUGGGAAACGAAGCAAGAAAUUAUGAUUUUUUUCGGGCCCUUUUAUAAAAUUUUGAAAAAAUUGGAAAAUCCGAAAAAUCUUUAAAAUUGUAAAAUGGCUUGAAAUUACGACAAAUGGAUUUUGUAGGUCAAAAUUUCGGUUUUCGCCUCAAUGUGAUGAAAUUUUACCAUUUUAUUUUGUGUAUUGGAAGAUUGUUUAAAAAUUAGAAAAAUCUGCAAAUCUGCUAAAUGAGCAAAGGAGUUGAAAUUGCGAUCAAUCUACUCGUAUCUCGAAAGUCAACUUUUCUCUGUCUAUUUUUUUUUUUUUUUUUUUUUUUUUUUGAAAUGAAAAAUGGUUCAAAAUGUAAUUUUUGUGCUAUCUUUAUUAAUUUUUCGAAAUCCUGAUAUGUAUUUCAAAAUCUGCUGAUGGCUUCGGAAUGCGUCGAAAUUGCGAUAAGAUUUUUUUGGGGAUGAAAAUUUCAUUCGUGUUUUGUCUCAAAUUCGAGUAAAUUUUGAUUUAUUUAUUCAACAUGAUGCCAAAUUUGUAUUUUCUGAGCUCUUUUUAAUGAGAUUUUUUCAGAACCAAGAAAUUGGAAAUUUUACUACAAAAGCUUCAGAGCGACUCGAAACCAUCUCUAAACGAUUGAAAAAUGACACAAGAUUAUUUUCUAAUGGUACAAAAUGAAGGGGGAUGGGGUUGGAGUGGGGGUGGGGGUGGGUAUCAGCUUUAGAUAUAAUAUAUUCAGAAGUUGGAAGUACGUACAAAUAAAUUUACUUACAUACUCUUCUGUUUAAUUUUUUUAUCCAUUUCUUAACAAAUUUGGUGCAAUCUACUUACCCAACCUAUUUGAAAUUUUUGAACACCAUCUCCUCCUCCCUCCUUAUUCUGAAAUCUCGAAUGCGUCUCUGCAGUUAUGUGUGAUCGUAUAAUUAAAAUAAAUAAUUUUUUGCUUGUUGA